UUCAUUGGAGCAAUACCGCGCUUUUCCCACUUAAAUUUUGCUGUAUUUUCUGUACUAUCUGCAACCUACCAGUGACCCCUGAUAACGAAGCAGUUUGUUAUCAAAAGUGUUUUAGCCUUUAAUAAUUAUGACAAUUCGUGUUUACGGGUAAGAAUUCUUAGUAUUUUAACAGUCGAUAUGUCCGCCACCGUGUGUCAAUACCACCCCGAAGUAAACAACAAUGACGAUGACGAUUAUUCUGAAAUUCAGUUGUACAAACAAAUGGGCGGUCAGCUACCCAUAAUCAACAAUUUGCAGGACCUUAUUAAUCAGCUAAGGGUUAUUUUCGAGAGUGAUAAUGUUAACAUUGAACUGGUGAAUUAUGUUAUGAACUCGUACAAAUCAAACCCUCUGGAUUGGAAGAAAUACGCAAAAUUUGAUAGAUAUAGGUACACAAGAAAUUUGGUUGACACUGGAAAUGGUAAAUACAACCUUAUUGCCCUUUGCUGGGGCGAAGGUCAUGGUUCUUCAAUUCACGACCAUUCCAACUCGCACUGUUUCAUGAAAAUUCUGCAGGGAUCCCUGGAUGAAAUCAAAUUCGCUUGGCCUAAAGAAAAAGGGCAACAGCUCGAAGAAAUCGAAAGGAAAAAAAUUGAACUCAACCAAGUCGCCUAUAUGAAUGAUUCUCUUGGUCUUCACCGCGUUGAAAACUCAUCUAACGUAGACACUGCCAUAAGCUUACAUCUUUAUUGUCCGCCUUACAAUAAAUGUAAGGUAUUUAACCAAAAUACUGGACAAACUAGUUCAUCCACUGUGACAUUUUAUUCCACAUUUGGAAAAAGAAUUAAGGAAAACAAGGAAAUUAUUGAACCAGAAGAUAACUGAUAAAUUUACUUUCAACUAAUAAAUACUAUUAAAUGGAAUUGUAUAGUGUUUCCAUUACCAAAUAAAACUAAAUUAAGC